UCGCCUGUACCCGAACGGUCCGAGGUUAUAGUUUCCUCUUAACCUAUGCCACACCACGUCAACUCAUCGGAUGCCCCUAAUACACGCCUUCCCCCUCCAACUAAUAAUUAGUUCACACUCUCUCUCUCCUCAACCACUCCAAGCUAUGAAUUUCUGUGGAGUUAGUUUUACUGUAAUUUGCUGAAUGAACAAUGACGGCAGUGGUUACUAGGACGGAGUCCACGCUGCUUCGAAUUAUCCUUACCUCCUUCGUCUUGUUGAGCCUUUUGAGGAGUGGGAAUGCUGCAGGAAUCACGAGUACUUUCAUUCGAUCUGAGCAUCCAUCGGUUGACAUCCCUCUGAACAAUAAAGUAUUUGCGGUGCCGAAGGGUUACAAUGCUCCACAACAAGUGCAUAUCACCCAAGGUGACUAUGAUGGAAAGGCUGUAAUCAUCUCAUGGGUUACGGCCAACGAACCAGGGGAUAGUAAAGUGCAGUAUGGUACAUCAGAGAAAAAAUACGAGUUUUCUGCUAAGGGUGUCGUGACAAACUACACCUUCUACCAGUAUAAGUCUGGCUACAUCCAUCACUGUCUUGUCGAAGGCCUAGAGUAUGACACAAAGUACUAUUACAAAAUUGGAAAUGGCGAUUCAUCUCGAGAAUUUUGGUUUACAACACCUCCAAAGAUCGAUCCAAAUUCUCAUUACACAUUUGGGAUCAUAGGUGAUUUGGGUCAGACAUUUAACUCUCUGUCAACUCUUGAGCACUACAUGAAGAGUUCAGGACAGGCUGUUUUAUUUGUUGGAGAUCUUUCCUAUGCUGAUAGAUAUCAGUAUAAUGAAGUGGGUUUACGGUGGGACACAUGGGCUCGAUUCAUCGAGCAAAGUACUGCGUAUCAGCCAUGGAUGUGGUCUGCUGGCAAUCAUGAAAUUGAUUACAUGCCUUAUAUGGGAGAAGUUACUCCGUUCAAGAACUAUCUUCAUCGGUAUGCUACUCCUCAUUUGGCCUCUAAUAGUAGCAAUCCUCUUUGGUAUGCCAUCAGACGUGCAUCAGCUCAUAUAAUCGUGUUGUCCAGUUACUCUCCAUUUGUGAAGUACACGCCUCAAUGGAGUUGGCUAGCAGAAGAAUUGAAAAGGGUUGACAGGGAAAAGACACCUUGGCUCAUAGUCCUUAUGCAUGUUCCAUUAUACAAUAGUAACGACGUUCAUUACAUGGAAGGUGAAAGCAUGCGAGCAGUGUUUGAGAGAUGGUUCGUUCAAUACAAAGUUGAUGUGGUGUUUGCUGGCCAUGUCCAUGCUUAUGAGAGAUCGUAUCGAAUCUCCAAUAUACGAUACAACGUAACAAGCGGUUACCAGUACCCGAUACCAGACAAAUCGGCUCCUGUAUACAUAACUGUUGGAGAUGGAGGGAACCAAGAAGGCCUUGCUGGAAGGUUUAGGAAUCCACAACCAGAUUAUUCUGCAUUCCGAGAAGCCAGCUACGGGCAUUCCACGCUUGAGCUUAUAAACAGGACACACGCACUCUAUCAUUGGAACCGCAAUGAUGAUGGGAAGAAAACCGCAAUGGACGCAUUUAUAUUAGACAACCAGUACUGGAGUGCGAAUCACAGGAGGCGAAAACUGAAGAAGCAUAAUGUUAGGAAGACAAUGGACGAAAUUGCUAUGUAUUGAAAAAAAGAUCGAUCGCGUCUAAGGGGUCUUUUGCUUGAUGAAUAUCUGAUUGAAGAAUGCAGAGAUGCGUGAAUGUUGAAACAUCGGAUUAGCUUGUAUAGAGACGUGCGUCAAUAAGCAAUACGAUCCCUUGUUGCUUGGCUACUUGUUCAUGGUGUUGGAGCUGCCACUAAGUGUGGCAACAUAGUUUUGAAAUGAAAAAUAUGUUAUAGCAUUGGAUUUUUAUUUUGUUUUGCGACUGUUUCGACUAUUUUAAGGAGUUAAAUUUAAAUACAAAAAAGUGAUGUUCGCUCGGAUUACCA